GGCUUGCCUACCGAGCCGGAAGUUCCUGCCGAGCGCUGAGUGCCGGCGAGUCCCUUUAGGUGUGCUUUUAGAAAUAUGACGACCCUCGGCCCGGUACUGUGCCUCUUCGACGUGGACGGGACUCUGACGGAGCCGCGGCAGAAAAUCACCAAAGAGAUGGACAACUUUCUACUGGAAUUGAGGCAGAAGGUCAAAAUCGGCGUGGUGGGCGGCUCAGACUUUGAGAAAGUGCAGGAGCAGCUGGGGAGCAAUGUGGUUGGAAAAUAUGAUUAUGUGUUUCCAGAAAACGGCUUGGUAGCAUACAAAGAUGGGAUGCUCUUGUGUAAACAGAGUAUUCAAGGUCACCUGGGUGAGGGCCUCAUCCAGGAUGUCAUCAACUACUGCCUGAGCUACAUUGCCAAAACUAAACUCCCAAAGAAGAGGGGCACCUUCAUCGAAUUCCGGAACGGGAUGCUGAACGUGUCCCCCAUCGGGCGAGGCUGCACCCAAGAGGAGCGCGUGGAAUUCUAUGAGCUUGACAAAAAAGAGCGCAUCAGAGAGAGGUUCGUCGCAGACCUGAGGAAAGAGUUUGCAGGCAAAGGCCUCACCUUCUCCAUAGGCGGCCAGAUCAGCUUCGACGUCUUCCCUGAGGGCUGGGACAAGCGGUACUGCCUCCGACAUGUGGAGAAUGACGGCUACAGAACCAUCUACUUCUUCGGAGACAAAACCAUGCCGGGCGGAAACGACCAUGAGAUCUUCACAGACCCCCGGACAGUGGGCUACACAGUAGCGGCCCCCGAGGACACGCGCCGGAUCUGUGAGGGGCUCUUCUUCUGAAGGCCUCCCGCUGGCCCCCGGGGAGGGGGCUUUCCGGUCCCUGGUCUAAAGCACCCCCGCCCUGGGCUCACCAUGCUGGAAUUUACCGUUGAAGUCACACACACGGCUGGGUGGUAAUGCUCCUGAGGAGUGGACAAUGCCCAUCCCCACUACAGAUACACCACUCCCUCCACCAGGACCAGAAGGCAGGCUACCUGGACAGACCACCUCCUCCCAUUCUGCCAGGCCCCUCCCCACCUACUCCAGGGUCCUGUGCCAACAGACCAAACAGGCAUGGGGGUGGGGGUACAGGCCACCCCAGCUGAGGUUAAGAACCUUCCUGAGAUGCAGCCCUUUCUGUGCUCUGGCUGCUAGGGGUGUCCUGGGGCUGAGGUUCUUUUCUGGACCUGGCCCCACUUCCUGUGGAGGAGGCAGUCCUUGGGGACAAAUGACCUACAGUGACUCAGGCGUUGUUGGACCUCACCAGACAUCUUCCUGGUGGCUCAGCACCCUGUACCCCUCCUCCCCCAGAACCCUGCAGACAGGACACCCCAAGAAAACGGUUCUGGGUCCCAAGCCUCUCCCAGCCUAGGCUUGUCACUACAUGAAUCCAGUUUCCUCCAAGCUCUGGGCAGGGGCAGGCCCUGGCCCCCACAGGACUGCACUUCCUCAGUAGUCCCUAGGACAAGAGUCCAUGAUCGGUUUUAUACAUGAUACUGUAAUGACCUAUGAUCAAAGAAGCAAAUUAAAGUGACUUUAUUUUCCACCAAA